AUGACUAAUGUGACCCCUGGGACAGGGCUGGCCCGGCGAGCACUGAUCCGACAUUUGAGCUACCACAUUGUGGUUCAUCUUGACCUCCCGGAUUGGCAAACUCGUAAGGAGAAAGAAUACGACCUCAAGAACGAUAUUCGUCAUGAUAAUGACCUUGCAUUUCAGUCCGGUAUAUUGGAUCUCUUCAAUACUUUCAAACAUUGGGAUUCCAAUUUGCGCCUCUCGGUUGAGUUAGCGCUGCUGGGUCGCGAAGCCGGAAAGGAGCCUCUCACAUGA